GUCUGAUCACAUUCUGCUUCUUCAUUCGACUGUUUUCGUCUCUCACAUCCAACAUGGCGGCCUCCGCGGCUUCACGUGAGCUGUUUACGGAGGGAGUAAGAGCGGUUCUUCAAACCUGGCCCGUUUUACAGAUUGCGGUGGAUAACGGGUUUGGGGGGGUCUAUGGGCAGCAGAAAGCUGAUUGGAUGGUGGAUGUUGUUCAGCAGUAUUUCCAUGACAACGCCGACCUGCAGCAGUGUGAGGUUGAGGAUUUCAUCGCUGAACUGAUGGAUCAGGAGUUUGACACAGUGGUGGAUGAUGGGAGUUUACCUCAGGUGUCUGAGAGUCUGCUGCAGGUGUUCAGUCAGUGGCAGCAGGGGGCGCUGCAGCAGCUCCAACACACUAUCAACACUCUGACACAGAAGAAAAGUCAGAGGGCAAAGGUCACUGCUCUGCCCGCACAGUCUGAUGAAGAGCGCGAUGAUGAAACACAGGUGAUGGAGUGUGAAUCGUCCAGUCCAUCAGUCAGCAGAACAGAUGCUCCUCAGGAUGAAGAGGACGGCUGGACAGUGGUAAGGAAGAAGAAAUGAAGAGCAGUACGAACUGUUGAACUCAGAGACUGAAGCAGCUGACUUCUGACCUUCGUGAUGAGAGCGUGUGACUCAUUGAAUCAGACUGAGUUUUUUAUUAGAAGCAGAUCUUUGCAGCAGCUGAGUCCUACGCCAGCCUCCACCUCUUUCAGCCUGAAAAUAUCCUGACGGGACGGAUUGUUGUUUUUAUAAUAAACCUGUUCAAGAUACGG